GUGCGGACGUACGUACGUGCGUGCGAGAGGAGCCGCAGAAGCCGCGCGCGGACGGUUCUCUCUCGCCCGUUAGCGCCAGUGCCGUCGCCGCCGCCGCCCCGCGCCCCUCCGCGCCUCGCGCCCCGCUCGCCACCGCCAUGUCCCGCUACCUGCGCCCGCCCAACACGUCCCUGUUCGUGAGGAAUGUGGCCGACGACACCAGGUGUGUGUCUGAAGACUUGCGCCGGGAAUUUGGUCGUUAUGGUCCCAUAGUUGAUGUGUAUGUGCCACUUGAUUUCUACACUCGUCGUCCAAGAGGAUUUGCUUACGUUCAAUUUGAAGAUGUUCGUGAUGCUGAAGAUGCCCUUCAUAAUUUGGACCGAAAAUGGAUUUGUGGACGUCAAAUCGAAAUCCAGUUUGCACAAGGGGAUCGCAAAACACCAAAUCAGAUGAAAGCCAAGGAAGGGAGAAAUGUAUACAGCUCUUCUCGUUAUGAUGAUUAUGACAGAUACAGGCGAUCCAGAAGCCGAAGUUACGAAAGGAGGAGGUCUAGGAGUCGUUCUUUUGAUUACAACUACAGAAGAUCUUAUAGUCCUAGAAACAGUAGACCUACUGGAAGACCACGCCGUAGCAGAAGCCAUUCAGACAAUGAUAGAUUCAAACACCGAAACCGGUCUUUUUCGAGGUCUAAAUCCAAUUCAAGAUCACGAUCCAAGUCCCAGCCCAAGAAAGAAAUGAAGGCUAAGUCACGUUCUAGGUCUGCAUCUCACACCAAAACUAGAGGCACUUCUAAAACAGAUUCCAAAACACAUUAUAAGUCAGGCUCAAGAUACGAAAAGGAAUCAAGGAAAAAAGAACCAGCCAGAUCCAAAUCCCAGUCAAGAUCACAGUCUAGGUCUAGGUCAAAAUCUAGAUCAAGGUCCUGGACUAGUCCAAAGUCCAGUGGCCACUAACAGCAUAACCAUAAUGUUUUUAGGCAUGUAUCAUUCAUUUACUCAUAGUUCAGUUUACUAAAUUAUCAGGAAUACAAUGUUGCAACAGUGCUUAAAAAAAAAAAAAAAAGACAAAAAAAAACCCCAAAACUUUUACUUUUGUCAGUUUUCCCUGUAGCAAGCAAUGGUUAUAAUUAAAAUGAUAUACUGUUGAGAAGCCACUCUUAAGAGUCCAGUUUGUUAAAUGUCAUGGGCAGCUACCAAUUUGAUUGUGGUGUCUCUGUAUAUUUUUGUAAAGAUUCUCUUUUUUUAUGCUUGAAAUAUUGGUAAAAAGUUGUUAGUUGACCAUAAUUUGCAACAUUGUCCUAUUAGAAAUAAAGUUCAUAUCCAUGAAGUGAAAAUGGUAUCAAUUUGACAGAACAACUGUUUAAGCUAGAAAGUUAGGCUGUUCCUUGAAAUAUUGCGGUAACAAAAUGGAAAAAUAGCCACAGUAUAACACUGACUGCUAUAGCAUUUCAGGUUUACAAUGGACCUGGGGGGUUGGGGGUUGGAAGGUUGCUUUUGACACUUCUGUGGCUAUAAUAUUCAUUGGUAUAUGGAACAGUCUGGUGAUAAAAUUUUCUUGUCAGCUGAACCAUCUCAGGUAGAUGGUACCCACAAAAGAUGAGUUGGGUGUAAAGUCUUCAGGGAGAUUGAGUCUUUUCGACUAGAGCAGAGACUACUUUUGUCUGGUUUCUGAAUAUUUUGAAAAAUGAAAACAUCUGAAUGUUAACUAAAAUUUGAGGUCAUAAUAGCAGCAGAAAUAUUUUUAGGAAAAAUGUGUGCUGUUUUUGUAGCUAUUCUGAAUUUUAGAGAGCUAAUAACCAUAAUAUUGCUUAGUUUUCUUACUACUGUUAGAGGCAAGUAAAUUGUUUCAAAGUAGGUUUUGUUUGUGCGUGUGUGUGUGUGUGUGUGUGUGUGUAUGUAUGGUGUGUGUGGGUGUGUGCAGUGUUUGUAAGAACUCAAUUUUGAUGCCAAUGAUGUUCAGUUGUGUUCAUUUGUAUCUGCCCACCUCUUCCUGAGGGAGGCUUUCCUCUUUAUACUUAAGUUUAUUUAGGCAAAUUUCACAGAUAAUACCCCUAAUACCGAAGGUUAUUUCGGUACCAUAAAAUGGAAAAAAUUACAAGCAAAGGAGGUUUUAGAUUUAAGCAAGAACUGCAUCUCCAGGUUUUUAGUUGAUUUUUACAUGCAGUACUCGGCUAUAAAGAAAUGUGAACAUGGUACCAAGAUCAUUAUGUGGUAUCAAGUAUUUCUCUGAAAGGGAAGUUAGUUUUGUUUUGAAACAAAAGUGGCUUUUGAUAAGGUUCAACCUUAUUUCGGUGCAAGAAUUAGCAACAUUACACCUUGGAUUUCUUGUUAAAUAUAAGUAUAGAGGUGUUGGUGGGGAAAGUUUCCUUUUAGAGACCUACUCUAGUCUAUCUUGGUUUUAGUUAUCUAGGCCAGGUGUGUAAAACAAAAAACAACAACAAAAGAUGGUUUUUAAAAUAUUAUUUGUGGAACAUACUUAAGGAAUUGAUUCUAGAACCUUUGUAUAUUUGAUAGUCUUUCUAACUUUUAUUUCUUUACUGUUUGCAGUUAAUGUUCAUGUUCUGCUAUGCAAUCAUUUAUAUGCACGUUUCUUUAAUUUUGUAGACUUUCCUGGAUGUAUAGUUUCAAAACAACGAAAAGUCUAUUUAAAACUGUAGCAAUAGCUGGCAGUUCUAGCAAAGGAAAGUUGUGGGGUUAAACUUUGUAUUUUCUUUCUUAUAGAAGCUUCUAAAAAGGUAUUUUUAUAUGUUCUUUUUAACAAAUAUUGUGUACAACCUUUAAAAACAUCAAUGUUUGGAUCAAAACAAAAAGACCCAGCUUAUUUUCUGCUUGCUGUAAAUUAAGCAAACAUGCUAUAAUAAAAACAAAAUGAAGGACA